AGUGGGUGUAGUAUAGCACAGACUUACUGACAGCUGCGGCUGAACUACAUGAGAUGGCUUUAAUACUGAAUAUAUAGCUCAGAAUCACUGACAGCUGCGGCCAAAGUACGAGAGACGGCUUUAACACUGUAUGGACUGAGGGAAAACAUAUACGGUUCUAUGUAGAACUGUUUAAUGAGUCAAAUUCUACCAGAUUCUGCAAAAGACAACUUGUGGCUGGAAGAAAUCAUCACAGCGAUCUGGACCAGAUGGAAAGGACAGGAAAAGAUAACGCGAAUGAGAGAAGACUAUUUUUACAAGAUGUCUGGAUUUACACGACUAACAGAUUCUGUGGAAAAGGGAUUCAUAGGGGUUAAGUCCCUAUUUGUAGUAAUCAAGAAUUUCGAGAACUGUCCUCUGACUGCUUACCCAGAACAGUCUAUUAUCACUUUCAAAUCAGAUGUACAAGGAGAAAGAGCAAGAAUAUCCUUGGACAUAUACAAAGAUGUUAUCGGGGGUAAGGAUGGGGUACCUGUGGUUAUCAGCUGCGAACUAAACGAUAAGACUUACCUUCUGUGUGUAGAAAGUGAUUCAGUUAUUCUUAAGGAAAUUGAAGUGCCAGAAAUAAUCCCAUCAGAAACCAGUGAAUUUAUCUUCUUCAAAAGAAAUCUCUGUGAAAAAUUCAGAACGUUUGAGUCGUCAUCAAUGAGUGGCUUUUUCCUUGCAUUGAGUGAAGAAGACCAGAGUCUGACACUAAAGCCCUAUGAUGAAGAUAAACAAGAUUUAUUUACAUUCCUCUUAGAACCUAGUAAGCUUGAAUCCUUUAAAGCGAGUCCAAUAAUAACAAUCCCAUGUCAUUUCUGGAAUAACUUUCAUGACUUGCUCAUUGCCCAUCCGGAAGAGUCUAUUGCCAAGUUUGAGCCAGAGGGACAUGUAGAAGUGGAAAAAGCAACAUUCUUCUUGGACACGUACAGAGAGCUUGCUCUUACUAAUAAAGGGAUACCAAUGACUAUCAGCUGCAAAGUGGACAAUAAGACUUACCUUCUGCAUGCAGAAAAUAAUUCAGUUAUUCUUAAGGAAAGGGAAUUGCCAAAAGAAAUACCAACAAAGAACAGUGAAUUAAUCUUCUAUAGGGCAUACUUUUCUGAUGGGAAAUCUUCUUGCCGUUUCGAGUCAUCAUCCAAUGAAAACUUUUGCCUUGCAUGUAACAUAGAGGACCCUGAAAAAAAGUUGAUGCUAAAAAAAUAUGCAGUAAAUGACAUUGAUGAAACCAUGAAGUUUGACCUAGAAGAGGAAGCUAAUGAGCCAGCACUCUGAUAUCCUGGAAGAUGCUGGAAAACAAUUCUCAGCAUAUACAAUGGAGCAGUGACUGGUGCCUGGGGUGUAGUGGGCCCUGGUGCGAAGGAUCAAUUCCCCUCUCCCCCCCCCCCCCCCAAGCAUGUCCCAUCCAUCCAUAUCCCACCUAAGAAAGUUACAUCCUUGCUCCCUAUUAACAUGCGCCCAUGUAUCAAUACUGUGCCCCCUCUCCUCAGCAGGACUCAAUCCAUACUGUGGCCCCCUCAGCAUGUUCCCAUCCAUCCACACUAUCCCCCCUUAUCAUGUCCCUAUCCAUACUGUGCCCUCCCAGUAUGCCCCUAUCCAUCCAGUGUCCCCUCUUAGCAUGUCCCCAUCUAUCCAGUGCCCCUCCAUUUAGC